AUGGCGCCUUUGACGAGACUGAGAUCCGAUAACCAUGUACCACUGGAUGUAAUGGUUGACUAUUACUCGCAAAGAGCUUCAGUCCCCGGAACCCUACUCAUAACUGAAGCUACAUUUGUCUCGGAAAAGUCGCGCGGCCGAGAUGAGCAUGCGCCGGGUAUAUACACUCCAGAGCAAAUCGAUGCAUGGAAGCGUGUAACGGAUGCCGUCCACAAAAAGGGCUCCUUCAUCUUCAUGCAACUUUGGCAUGUCGGAAGAGCAGCCCGUCAAAACGUUUUAGACAAGGCUGGUCUGGAGAUGGUCAGCAGCAGUGAUGUUCCCAUCGAUCCUGAAUCCCCAAAGCCUCGACCCUUGACUGAAGACGAGAUCUGGGAAUGUAUCAAGUCGUUCGCCACAGCAGCUAGAAACGCUACUGAGGCCGGUUUCGAUGGCGUGGAAAUCCAUGCUGCCAACGGAUAUCUGAUUGAUCAGUUCAAUCAAGAUACCUGUAACAAACGCACUGACAAAUGGGGCGGAAGUGUCGAAAAUCGCUCACGCUUCUGCCUUGAAGUUGCAAAGGCUGUGUCAAAGGAAAUUGGACCAGACAGAACAGGCAUUCGAUUGUCACCGUUCAGUACCUUCCAAGGAAUGAGGAUGGAUAACCCAGAACCACAAUUCACACAUCUCAUUACUGAGCUAAAGCCUCUCAGCCUUGCUUACCUUCAUUUGAUUGAACCCCGCAUCGCUGGGAACGUGGAUAAAGUGGUCGACGACGACAAAGAAAGUCUUGACUUUGCUCUCGAUGUUUGGGCAAAGUCAGGACCUGUUAUUCUUGCAGGGGGGUAUACGGCCGAAAAGGCGAACAAAGCGUUGGAGACACGAUUCAAGGAUGAAGCAGUAGCGUUUGCGUUUGGGAGACAUUUCAUCUCCAAUCCUGACUUGCCGUUCAGGCUUGCCAACGAUGUUCCUCUCACUCAUUACAAUAGGGAAACAUUUUACAAGGUCAAGAGCCCUGAUGGGUACACAGAUUAUCCAUUCAGUGAGGCGUGGACAGGGCAACAAACAGUUUAG